CACCCCUUCACCUGUGUCCGCGAGCUUGGCAUCGUCAAGAGGAACAUUUUUUUUGAAAGCAGAUUUUAAUUUCAUUCAGAGUUUGGAAACUCUUUACGAAAUAAAUAAAAAUGUCGUAUUGAAAACGAAAACUCCAGUUUGUGGAGGUACAUUGUGUAUGAACUAGAAGUGGAAAUAAACAUUAGUAUAAACAAAGAAAAGUAAAAGAGAAAGUAAAACUAGAAUUUAGCAAAUCAAAUAAACCCUAGCAGUAGCUUAGAACUGACUAUCAAUGCUCCCGGUACAGUAUUUAAGGUGGUUCUAGAGUAGUUGAGAGGAUAUUCUACGCAGUGAGCCAAAGACGUUAUCUUUAGGUGCGAGCCUCAUUAUCCAUUGUUGGCAUGUUGUGGACCAGUGAUACCAUCCUUAUACAUACCAUAUUACGGAGAUGUAAACAAGCUUCGCUCAACGUAUUCAGUGAGACGAUGGAGAAACAGAUCAAAUAGAAGUUCAAAUAUAAACGUGAUUCUUGAAUUGUUAUUUUUUUUAAAUAAUUUAAUCUAAGGAUUGAUUGCAGUUUUUGACUAGAUCUCUGGUUGGAUCCCAAGAGUCCAGAGAUGAGCAAGGACAAAGUGACCAAAAAUGGGAUAAAAUCCAAUUUUGAUUUUGUGAGAUCGAUGACAUUGAAACGUUCAAGUACCAUUCCAAACCAAGGUCACGCACCCGACUCGUCGGGCACGGUGCGGGGGGAGCCCCCUCCACAUCCGGGUUUCCUCGUCAGAAUGACGCCACCUUCUUUCCCCAAGCAGCAUUCCGAUGUUACGUGUAAUUUGGCGCCAUCGCUCAUUCUCGACAGGCCGGAAACACAGUCUUGCUCCGAGCAAGGGCGGCGAACGCACAUGCCCUCGGUUGGGGCGCCCAGGGCGAGUCCGGAGGAGAGCUAUGAUCUCGGUGAAGUGCGCAACUCUGCAGACGUGUUCUCAGAGCCUGACAUUCACAUGACGAACUCCUCGUGCCACGCCUACCCGCCAUUCUCUGACGGGAAACGUCACAGCUUUGGGUCUUUGGGGUCAGAAGUCAUGCGACAUGAGACUAUACCCUCUGACCUCUUGCCCAACAACGUGAAGCCGGCCUCGGACCCAAGUUUUGACCAAUCGCCAGCUAUUUUACGAAAUGUGAACUCCAUAUUGUCAGCGGCAGGUUGGGGCGGCGGUGUGCAACAACCAAAUAUUGACCAUCCGAUCGGCGCCUCGAAUGGUCGAACUUCCGGCACCGAUUCCAGUAGAUCCUCUCAGAACAGCUUGGCGCACCCUAGCAACCUCGACUCCAAGGAGUCUCACGCGGAGACCUCAACCAAAUUCCUUAUCCCACCCUGCAUUUUUAAUGUCCCCAAAACAAGGAGCGAAUCGGCGCUGAGCAAAUUGACCACGCCUAACGCCCUUGACCCCAGAGUGAACUCCUCCCACAGCAACCUCGUUCCACCCUCGGAUUUAAUCUCAUCCCACCCCCGCAGGGACUCUGCGUGGACAGCUGAAGUUCUAUCCAUAGAAAUCCAGGUGGAUUACGUCAUGGACCCCGCAGAGCUAUGGGGAAGUGGAGUCAUCCAAAAAAUGCCAACUAAGGGUGUGCCGGACAGUGAUGGUGUAAAUGACAACGGACCCCAAUCAGAUCUUCCAGACUACGUAGGUGAUGGACCAGACCUGUCGAAGGUAGACCUAACUCGGCCAAUUAACAAUGAAGAUGGCACGCACAAACAGGAACCAACAGACGUAUCCAAUCCAAAAGAAGACACCAAGUCACGUGAUUCCGCCCAGUUUAACCUCCCCCCAAGGGAACACUGGGAAAACAGGUUCCAGUUUCUCUUGUCCACUAUCGGCUACGCUGUUGAUUUGUCCAAUGUUUGGAGAUUCCCGUUCUUGUGUUAUAAAAAUGGAGGAGGGGCUUUUCUUAUUCCAUAUUUUACCACAUUAAUAUUUGGAGCCAUGCCUGUGUUUUUUAUGGAGAUGUGUUUGGGUCAAUUUAACCGUUGUGGACCAACUGCUGUCUGGGACAAGAUGGCCCCCAUGUUCAAAGGGAUCGGCAUCGCCUCUUGCUUCAUGGCCUACAUAGUGGCCUUCUAUUACAACGUCAUCAUUGGCUGGAGCUUCUUCUAUCUCUUUGCCUCAUUCACCAGCGUCUUGCCGUGGACCACAUGUUUCAACCCUUUCAACAGCGGGAACUGCUGGCAGAUCGGUUGGGACGCCAAUGUCACAAACGCUUCCAGCGCUUCGGAUGGCGCGGAUGUCGACUCCCGGCCGCCGGACAACAGGACAUACAAUGCGAGUGUGUCUGUCUCCUCGACCAUGGAGUAUUUUGAACGUGGCAUGCUGGAGCUCCAUCACAGCACAGGACUUGAGGACCUCGGGGUCAUAAGGUGGCAGCUUCUUCUCUGUACAUUCCUAACUUUCACCGUCUUGUACUUCUGUCUGUGGAAAGGCGUCAAAAGUACCGGCAAGGUUGUUUAUAUCACAGCAACUCUACCGUACGUCAUCAUGACCAUCCUGUUGGUCAGAGGCGUCUUACUGCCAGGGGCGGAGGACGGGAUACGCUACUUCAUCACACCAAAGAUAGACAGCCUCAGAAAACCCAAAGUUUGGAUUGAUGCGGCUGUCCAGAUUUUUUUCUCUGUUGGUUCCGGUUUUGGAACGCAUAUUGCAUAUGCCAGUUAUAACAAGUUUCACAACGACUGUAAGCGUGACUGCAUCAUUACUGUCAUCGUCAACUCAUUCACCAGUUUAUUUAGUGGCUUCGUCAUCUUCUCCUAUCUGGGCUACAUGGCCCUCAGGACACAGAAAGAUAUCGACAAAGUGGCCACAGAAGGUCCAGGUCUUGUAUUUAUUGUUUAUCCUGAGGCCAUAGCAACACUUCCGGGUUCAGUGGGCUGGGCCAUAAUCUUUUUCUUCAUGUUGCUCUCCCUUGGACUCGACAGUGCGUUUGGCGGCCUGGAGUCUCCUCUGACUGGUAUCAGAGAUGAGCUCUCCCAGCUGAUGAAGUACAAGUACUUUAGAGAGGUUCUCACAUUGAUCAUCAUCAUGUCAGCGUUUUUGUUCUCCAUUCCUUGCUUGAUGCAGGGAGGCAUGUACGUCUUUACAAUCCUGGACACCUUUGCUGCUGGCACCUCCAUCGUGUUCAUUGUCUUAUGUCAGGUGGUGGCUGUCUCUUGGAUCUACGGCAUGCCACAGUUCUGUGAUGACGUUCAAAAAAUGACGGGACAACGACCUAGUAUCUUCUGGAGGAUUUGUUGGAAAUUUAUUUGUCCUUCUCUUCUAUUAGUCAUCGUGGCUUCCAGUAUCAUCUCCUACCAACCACUGACCUACAGGACGUCAGUAGGGACCUACGUCUACCCGUACUACGCCAAUAUCAUAGGCUGGAUCAUAGGCAUCUCUUCCAUGAUCCUGGUACCGGGAUAUUUUGUCUACAAGUUCUUCCGGUUGAAAGGUUCCUGUAAGCAGAGACUGGCUUUGGGAAUGUCCCCAGCCUGUGAACACGAGGAGAUAAUUCAAAAAGGUUACGUCAAACGAUUUCAGAGAAGUCAUUGGCUGUCCUUAUAAUCCAGUGAAGAGAGUUAAUGUUUCAAUACUACAUGCACUGCACAGUGGGGUGAUCAGAUGACUGAAGACUACACUUGAUGUUUUUUUAAUUUGCCAUUUGCACAUUGGAUGUCACGUGACCAUGUUUUUGAUUAAAUAUGCUCCCUUUGACCCAAAAAUACAUUUGCCCCGUUGUGCUCCACACAUUGCUCCCCACCUCCGAGGAAACAAAAAGUACACACCUGACCUAGUGUAAACAACUUUCGUUGUAGAAGGCGUCAACACUGACCUGCGACGUCGCAACCUGUGGUCAGUGGAGACCAAUAGCUCGUUGCCACGUCGUACAGACCUGUAACGUGUCAACGAGCUAUUGGUUUAAACUGCCCACAGGUUGCGACGUUGCAGGUCAAUGUUCAGGCCUUCUCUGACGAUUGGUCUUGCCUAGUGUUGACCUAGUGCUGGGGUUUAUAAAUCAACACCAAAAUGAUUUCAUCAUAUAAAGUAAACAGAUGUACACACUCAUCAGCGCACACAUAUUCCACCACACACAUUCAAUACCACACACACAACACGACACAUAGAACGUCAUCACACGCAACAAUAUUAUACACACAACACCACACACAAUCUAUAUCUCUCACACACACACACCGCAAUAAUAUUCUUAACACCACCUACACAAGCUCAUACACACUCAAGAAAGUUCCAGUUCUGACGCCAACUUGAACAAAAACAAGUACUUUUAGGCUCAUUGUGUUACAAAGUGGGGAAAAACGUUACAUGGACAGUCUCAAGACUAGACAAAGCCGUUCAUACACACACCUCUCACACCAAUGACAACACAUACACACUCGACACAAAACACACAUAAUCUUAAAGACCACACACACACAACACAAAAUAUAUACAACAUCACACACGCAUUCCGCAUACAAAAACAGAAACACGAUAAUUUUUUUGUGACCAAACACCUACGUUAACAAAACAACACUUUAAAAUUGAAAAAAAACAAAAAACUUUUUUGAUGUCAAGGUAUUUGUAUCCCUCAAUCUUCGUAGCACUGGUGUACUUUCAUUCAGCUCCAAUCUUCAUACACGAGACACAUAUAUAGGUUCGUUCUUUUUCUCAUCCAUUCAGUCACUGGUCAGUCACUGGUCAGUUGGGUAAGAUCCCUCCCCCUUUUUUUUCUCCACCCCCCCCCCCCGAGGUGACCUGUGGACAAUGAAAGCAAUUGUGAUACUCUAUCUACUUGUAUACAAAUCUAUGUCGUAUUUAAUGUUCACCGUGUCGUAGGUCGAGUCUAUUGUCAACACAAAGAAUGUUUAUUAAAGCGACUACGCAAUGAUUAGAAUGGGUAACCCAACUAUUACAAUCAAUAGACGGACCACGGUUCGUUAGUCUCACUUAAUUUUAGUCCAAAUAAAAUAUACAUAUUCAU